UCGACCUUCUGCUUUGGUUGCUGCUUCGAAAGCGAGCUCGCCGACCAACCGGCACAUCUUAGCGACAAGAUCAAGUUCCAAUUCGUUUCACAGGCUGCUCGGAGCCAACGCGUUUCCGCGAUUAGGCCUAUAGCCCAUUUUUGGGUACCAGCGGAAGAUCGACGUCAAGGGUAG